AUGUUCAAAAGAUUCAAUUCAAAGGAAGAUUUUAAAGGAACCACACCUAUCAAGUCCUCUAUUCAACGAGGAAUAAAGUCGAAACUUGUUGAGACCUUUCCUAAACUUGAGCAUGUCAUUGAUGAAUUAAUUCCCAAAAAAUCUCAGCUGACUCAAAUUAAAUGUGAGGAACGUAUCUUCCUGUAUGCUUUGAAUGGAGAAGUAAUUCUUUUCCAACACUUUGAUGGACCGGUGGUACCUUCUCUUCGUCUGAUUCACAAGUGCCCUGAUGGUUUCCCUCAAGUUCGCGUUGACCGCGGCGCUAUCAAGUUUGUUUUGUCUGGUGCCAACAUUAUGAUUCCUGGCCUUACUUCUGCGGGUGGUAACCUUCCAGAAGAUAUCGGUAAAGAUAAAUAUGUAAUCAUUAUGGCUGAGGGAAAAGGUGCCCCAGCUGCAAUUGGUCUCACACAGAUGACUGCUAAAGAAAUGAUUGAGACAAAUAAGGGAAUUGGUAUUGAAAAUGUUCAUCAUUUGGGUGAUAAUUUGUGGAAAACCAUUUUAGAUUGA